CACAUUCAGCGAUGCCCAACUACCCUGUUUUAUUCAUUUUCAACGUGUCUUGGUCCGUGUGUUCCGGAUCUUGUUUCAGUGGGAAUCCCCCUGCCCUUACCUAGGCAAUGGUGUCUCUGGUUCUCGUUCUGAAUCGGAUAUAUUGAGAUUUGCGGCCUGCUCCCCAUCUACGUACCCGCUGAGCUGCAAUGGAUCUGGUUUUCUACAGUUUCUCUCUAGAAGCUUAGGCUUGCCAACUUUACUCUUUCGCAACCGAUUUCUGUGUGUUUGCUUCGCUGUUAUGGUCAUAUUCCUGGUUCUCUGUUCAGAAACCAUUUCUGCUGGGAAUAUCCAAAGGGCGAGUUGUCAGGACGUCUGUCGUGCAUGUUUGUUUCCAUAAUAUCAUCACCAUCGGUGCCUCUGGCCAGCGGGGAUGUCAUGUCCUCCGCCAUGGAAUGGACGGUUUCCACGCUACUGACAAAUGAACUACGUACAAUGCGACAUCGGUUCAUUACGUCUCAGGAUGACAUCAAUAGGAUCGCGGCUCAGAUGGAUGUGGGGGUGUGGGGCACAAGUGGGGGAAAGGAUAUAGAGUGCACUCAGCCAAUCCAAAGGAGUAACGGUACCACAAAACCAGACAAGAGUCCACUUGUAGAGGUUCGAAUUGAAGCUGUGACGUGGCGCACGGUGGCAGGGCCUGGGCUGCGGGAAGCCGAAGGGUACAGCUUUUCAGACUCGGUUCCGCCAAUGUUCAUCCUUAGCAGAGCAUUUUCUAGCAUUCAUCCUACAGCCUUUCGUUCUUUCACAUCGAAAGCUUGGGGAUGUCGCAUCCUUAGAAAUGUCGCGUCCAUUGGAUUCGGCAUGGCUGUCAAACGUUUUCCAGGCGCCCAAGAGGCGCGGGCCAUGGAACUUGUCCGAAAUGAAACAGCUAUUCCCGUCCCGCCAUGUUAUCGCUUCACCGACUCAGUUUCUCCUCACGACCUAGCUAUGGCUCUUAUCGAGGGACAAACUGUCGCAUCUGUGUGGGACAAACUCGGACUUUGA